UCAAUAGCCACGUUCAUAUUUCCCCGAUGAUACACAUGUAUUCGUAAAGCAAUUAUCCCCACUUUAUUUGUUUACUUUGAUCUUCGACACAUAUGGUGGAUAAAGACCUCACACCGGAAAUAGAUUGGAUAUUGAGACCAUUUGACAACCAUGGCAACCAGCAGAAGACUCAUGCCCGCCCAAUACGGUCUCUGUAUCUGCCUAUACCUCCUAGGGGCGCCACCUAUAUUUGAAGCAGCAAAGAUUCUCAUCAUUCCGUUCGGUUCAAAGAGCCAUCUGAUCGAGGGCGUUUCAAUUGGUUCUGGUCUUCUCCGCCAGGGGCACGACGUCUAUUUGAUGAUGGACAAAGCGGCAAAACUUCCCAACGGCUUGAUACAUCAGGACAUAAAGAAGAUAUACUUUGAGCCUGAAAAUACAGAUCCUGAAAGAGUUGAACGCAAAAAUGGGCGAACAAUGUUUACAGGUCAUUCUGAGAAUACCGCAUCUGUGAUCGGAGUCUUACGAGAACGCAUCAACGCAUAUUGCAAAGGAUUGAUUUAUAACACAGAGCUCAUCACUAAACUGCAGGAGAAGAAAUUCGAUAUUGCCGUGGUGGACGGAUUAACGCAUUGUUUGUUUUUAGUACCCUAUAAACUUGGAAUACCGUACAUCGGCUGGACGAAUUUCGUCCGUCCAUGGGAUUUGAGACUACAUCCCAUAAUUACCAGCUUUCCAUGUAAAAUGCGAAGUGAAACUAACACCCUGCUAACGCGCAUGAUGCAGUUUGGUAUUAGCGUGAUAACGCAUACUUUACCCAAUGAGCUCUACGAUGAGGAACUAUUCAAAGAUGUCGUCCCGGAGCGCCCAUACACGUCAGUAGUUGACGUGGCAUUACAUAGCAAACUAUGGUUGCUAAAUACGGAUAAUAUCUUAGAUUGUCCGCGUCCCUCAUUGCCAAACAUAAUAUACGUCGGUGGACUAAACGUUCGACCAGGCAGACGUCUUCCAGAAGACAUUUAUGACUUUGUCGAAAAGGCACCGGAUGGGACGAUACUAGUUUCAUUUGGAUCAAUGAUGGUUACGCCACCUGUUGAGGUGAUUAGGAAGUUUGUUGAGACUUUUGCGAUGCUAGAACAUAACGUUAUAUGGCGUCUAAAACUGCCAGAUAACGUCACAAUAAAAUUCCCGAAGAAUGUCAAAAUUGUCGACUGGUUGCCACAAAAUGACAUCUUAGCAAGUCGCAAUGUGCGGUUGUUUAUUACGCAUUGCGGGAAUAACGGUCAAAGUGAGGCAAUCUAUCACGGCGUACCGAUGCUGGGAUUUCCACUCCACAGCCAACAGCCAUACAACGGCAAGAGAAUGGAGGUCAAAGGUUACGGCCUGAAGAUGAAUAUUCGUUCAUUCACUGCGAAGGAGAUGCACGACAAAAUAAAGGAAAUCAUAUCAAAUGAACAAUUCUACAAAACAAUUCAUAAAGCUUCGGCAAUAUUCCAGAGCCGUCCGCAUCCACAAGAUCUAGCGGCCUACUGGAUUGAUCAUGUGAUCAAAUUUGGUGCGGACCACCUCCAAACAUCAGCCAAUGACAUGUCGGCAUUUCAAUUCACCAUGUUUGAUAUUUUUGCCGUUUUAGUCUUAGUUGUUAUAUUGCUUCUGAUUGGGUUGAAGUUCAUGGUCUCGUAUCUUAUGGACAAACUUUGGCCAGACCUCAAUGUAAUCAAAGACAAACUUGACAAUAUGGAUCUGGAAUGGAAGAAAUCUUCGUAAAAAACCUUGAACAACUUUUGGGACGUUACACUUGCUUAGAAAUUGGGACUUACAUAGGGCAUUUCCCGUGGGCUAGAAGGAGUGUUUGCAGGGUUGCAGAUGUGUUUGCUGAUCCCUGCUCCAUGCGUGGUGAGGGAUAACCAAAACAAGAAUGAAGAAAAAAUUUUACCAGCAUUUCCAUGAUGAAAUUUACCUAACUUGAUACUUCAAGACAUAUAUCUCUAACAGAUUUUUUAGCAGAGAGUUCUGCAAGCCGCCUUUUGUUUUUUUCAGAAUUCUUUCUUUUAAGUAACUUUAUCUUACUUUUUUCAUGUUAUUUUUAUUUAAAACUUAGGUAUUUUUUCAACUUAUGAUACAUGUACUGAAGUGUAUGUACUCUAAACCGUGUGAUGUUCACGAAGCUAAAAGUUUCGCGAAUUUUCUCUGUUGAGAAGAAGACUAAAUAUCGCAUUCAUGGCCCAAAUUUAUUGGUCAAUGCAUUACGGUUGAAAUUUUCGUUGUUCUUAAACUUCACGAUUUUCAGUGCCUUCGCAAAUAUAAAAUGCUUUCAAAAA